AUUAUGAUUAAUUGUUGUGCUUGGGGUGGAUUGGCUUUUCAAGUUUGGCCUUCUUAGCUAUGUUUUCUUCUUUUGGUUACAAAUUUAUAUCCUUUUUGUUGCCUGAUGUCAGUGGUACAAGGGAAUGUUGGUGGUACAAUUUUCAGUUGAGGGAAAAGAUGGACGUUUCACAGUCAAACUCUCACAGAAGAAGCUUUGAUCAAGCAAACAAAAUUACAAGUAUCUGAAUACACCUUUCAAUAAUUUCGGAAAACUAACACUCCGUCGCAGCUCAUGUUGCGAUCAAAGGAGGGGAUUUCUGGUGUGUUAAUGUAUUUAGCAGUGCUGUAUGUGAGAAAGUGGGGUGAUUAUUCAACAUUAGCAGCAAACACGUACUCAAUAGUUCCGGCUGGCAUUCUGUUCAUUUGUGGUAUAAUCAUAUUGAUCACUGGAAUUGUUGGUUUAUGUGGUGGAUGCAAUGAGAAUCGCUGCACUAUUGGAGUGUUCUUGUCAUUGCUGUUCUUGAUGCUUUCUUUGGAAAUUGUGGCAGGGACUAUUACGUAUAUGAAGAAAAAUGAUAUUGAAAAGGAACUGGAAACUAACUUAUGGAAGGCGUUCAAUCAAUACUACGAUGAGCACUCCUCCACACGUGAUUUAUUCGAUAAAAUGCAAAGAAAUUUGAAAUGUUGUGGUGUAACGAACGUAUCAAAUUGGAAGAACGUAUCGCAAUCGCAUCAACAUCACAUACCAGAGAGUUGUUGUGCUCAUCAGGGGUAUUCCUGUUACAAUCAGCCUGAUAAUCUGUACAAAGAAGGAUGUUACGACCAAUUGAUUGAUACGUUUAACAAGAACCUUCGUUACAUAAUGGGUGUUGUGAUAGGUUUCGCCGUCUUCCAACUCAUGGGUAUAAUUUUGUGUGUAUAUCUCCUUGUUGUGUUGAAAAAGACCAGCUACAUGCGAAUGUUGGAUAUUGCGCAAAAGACUUGAGUUUCAUGAAUGAUAAAAUAGUAGACAUAUAUAUACAACUAGCUGAUUGCCCAUGGAUAAACUAGUCGAUGGCCCGUGGAUAAACUAGUCGGUUUGAUUUUGAUAUUUUCGCAAGCGUUGAAGUUACUAUCGAUACUAAGUCAUGCUUAAUGUGUGGUGCUGUUUUAGUGUCCAUAGAUACGAGUGGGGCUGCGGACAGUUUUUUUGACAAGUAGUCUAUAAUUUGACCAAAUGAGUCAAGAAUUUCGAUAAUUGGGAGAAUUUGGCGAUCCCAAUCAAAACAUGAUGUUAGGACUUCAUAGAAAAUGCUGAAAUUCUUUCCCGUCUAUUUUGAUAAUAUGAAUGUUUACACAGACUAAAAAUAUAGAAAUAGAGAAAGGGUUUAUCACGUUUGUUAAGGCAAUUUUCUGAUAUUCAAUCGAAAUCUUCUGUCCAAUUAUAGACGUUAAAUUAUAAACUGAAAAUAUUUUUUUUCAUGUGUUUAAUUACCGGAAAUAAAAUUAACUUCACUUUAAGAACAUGGGCCUAGUUACUGAAGUUGUGGGUACUUUUACCUUAAGAAAUUUUACCACAAGCUGUGUUAGAUUGUUGCUAAAUGACUUAAAUAUGGUAAAUAUAUAAAUAUAGUGCAUCUACUAAGAAAUAAGAGGUAUGUUUGCUUCUUCGAUAGAAAAGGUAAACUGUGAACUGUAAAUCUAAACUUUCUCUUCUACUGUAGAUUUUGCUAGUAUUCUGUAAUUAAUAAAAUGUAAAUAUUCUUUUGUUAUUGCAUUGAUGAAAAUUUGUUUUGAGAUUAA